AGGUGCGAGGGCACCCGCGGCCCGCAGGGGGCGCUGCCGCGCCGUCCCGCCGUCCCGCCGCCCACUCGGCGGGCGCGCCUCUCCGCCGUCCAGAGCCGCCGGGCCCGGGACCCGCUCGUGCGAGCGCGCAGACUUCUCGGCCGGACCGAGGACGCCGCCCGCUCCGGCCGCCCGUGUGCUCGCCUUCCGCGCCCGCUCGGCCCACCGCCCCGGCCCCGCGCCGCACCUCCCCGGCGUCCGAGCGCACAGCUCCCGCCCCGGGAGCCUCCGGCCGUCCGGACCCCGCCGCCGGCGCGCUCUGCGCCCCGCUCGCCGGGCACCGGGAGGGCGGUGUCGGCUGAGGAUGGGCGGCCCGGCGGCGCGGAGGGGCGCCGGGGGGCUCCGCGCGCUGCUCCUGGCGCUGGUGGCCGCGGGAACCCCCGCCGGCGCCUACAACCUGGACCCGCAGCGCCCCGUGCGCUUCCAGGGCACCGCCGGCUCCUUCUUCGGGUACGCGGUGCUGGAGCACGUCCACGACAACACGCGCUGGAUCCUUGUGGGCGCACCAAAGGCCGAGUCCAAGUACAGCACGUCAGUGAAGUCCCCGGGGGCUGUGUUUAAGUGCCGCAUCCAUACCAACCCUGACCGGAGAUGCACUGAACUGGAUAUGGCUCGAGGGAACCAUCGAGGAACAUCCUGCGGAAAGACCUGCCGGGAAGACCGGGAUGAUGAGUGGAUGGGGGUGAGCCUGGCCCGGCAGCCCAGGGCCGAUGGCCGAGUUCUGGCCUGUGCCCACCGCUGGAAGAACAUCUUCUACGAAACAGACCACAUCCUGCCCCACGGCUUCUGUUACAUCAUCCCGUCCAACCUCCAGGCCAAAGGCAGGACGCUGAUCCCUUGCUAUGAAGAGUAUAAGAAGAAGUACGGAGAAGAACACGGCUCCUGCCAGGCUGGGAUAGCAGGCUUCUUCACCGAGGAGCUGGUGGUGAUGGGCGCCCCGGGGUCGUUUUAUUGGGCUGGGACGGUCAAGGUGCUGAACCUGACGGACAACACCUACUUCAAGCUGAAUGACGAAGCGAUCAUGAACAGGCGGUACACUUACCUGGGCUAUGCGGUUACCGCCGGCCACUUCUCUCAUCCGUCCACCACCGAUGUGGUAGGAGGCGCCCCCCAGGAUGAAGGCAUUGGGAAGGUUUAUAUUUUUCGAGCUGACCGAAGAUCAGGCACCUUAAUUAAGAUUUUUCAGGCAUCAGGUAAAAAGAUGGGCUCUUACUUCGGCUCCUCCUUAUGCGCAGUUGACCUGAACGCGGACGGCCUCUCUGACCUGCUGGUGGGGGCCCCCAUGUUUUCUGAGAUCAGGGACGAGGGGCAGGUCACCGUCUACAUCAACAGAGGAAAUGGAGCCCUGGAGGAGCAGCUGGCCCUGAGCGGGGAUGGCGCCUACAACGCACACUUUGGGGAGAGCAUCGCCAGCUUGGGGGACCUUGACGACGACGGGUUCCCAGACGUGGCCGUCGGCGCGCCCAUGGAGGACGACUUCUCGGGCGCCGUCUACAUCUACCACGGGGACGCCGACGGGAUAGUCCCUCAGUACUCGAUGAAACUGUCCGGGCGGAAGAUCAGCCCAGUCCUGCGGAUGUUCGGGCAGUCCAUGUCAGGCGGCAUCGACAUGGAUGGGAACGGCUAUCCCGAUGUAACUAUUGGAGCCUUCAUGUCCGACAGCGUGGUUCUUCUAAGGGCGAGACCGGUCAUCACGGUGGACGUCUCCAUCUUCCUCCCCGUCUCCAUCAACAUCACGGCGCCCCAGUGUCGCGACGGACAGCAGCCCGUGAACUGCCUGAAUGUCACCGCCUGCUUUCGCUUCCGCGGCAGGCACGUGCCCGGAGAAAUCGGUCUGAAUUACGUUCUGACGGCGGAUGUGGCGAAAAAGGAAAAGAGCCAGCUGCCCCGGGUCUACUUUGUGCUGCUGGGAGAGACCGUGGGCCAGGUCUCGGAGAAGCUGCAUCUGGCGCACAUGGAGGAGACGUGUCAUCACUACGUGGCGCACGUGAAGCGGAGGGUGCAGGACGUCAUCAGCCCCAUCGUGUUCGAAGCCGCCUACAGCCUGGGGCCGCAUGUGAGCGGAGAGGAGGAGCGGGAACUGCCGGCUCUGACACCCGUGCUGCGCUGGAAGAAGGGACAAAAGAUCGCCCAGAAGAACCAGACCGUUUUUGAAAGGAACUGCCGUUCGGAGGACUGUGCCGCUGACCUGCAGCUUCAGGGUCAGUUGUUGCUGUCCAGCAUUGAUGAGAAAACCCCCUAUCUGGCUUUGGGGGCUGUGAAGAAUAUCUCCAUAAACAUCUCCAUCUCCAACCUCGGCGACGAUGCCUAUGAUGCCAACGUGUCCUUCAAUGUUUCCCGGGAGCUCUUCUUCAUCAACAUGUGGCAGAAGGAGGAAAUGGGCAUUUCCUGUGAACUGCUGGAAUCAGACUUCCUCAAAUGCAGCGUGGGAUUCCCGUUCAUGAGGUCCAAGUCAAAGUAUGAAUUCAGCGUGAUCUUUGAUACGAGCCAUCUGUCUGGAGAAGAAGAAGUUCUCAGCUUCAUCAUCACUGCUCAGAGCGGCAACACGGAGCGCUCCGAGUCCCUGCACGACAACACCCUCACACUGAUGGUGCCGCUGGUGCACGAAGUGGACACGUCCAUCACCGGAAUCGUGUCUCCAACCUCCUUUGUGUACGGCGAGUCUGUGGCCGCGGCCAACUUCAUUCAGCUGGAGGACCUGCCGUGUCACUUCCAGCCCCUCAACGUCACCCUUCAGGUCUAUAACACCGGGCCAAGCACCCUUCCCGGGGCAUCCGUCAGCAUCUCUCUCCCUAAUCGACUGUCACCUGGAGGCGCAGAGAUGUUUCACGUCCAGGAGGUGGUGGUGGGCCAGGAGAAGGGAAACUGUUCCUUCCAGAAGAACCCGACCCCCUGCAUCAUCCCCCAGGAACAAGAAAAUAUCUUCCACACUAUCUUUGCUUUCUUCACAAAGUCUGGAAGAAAAGUCUUGGACUGUGAGAAACCAGGAAUCACUUGCCUAACAGUGCGCUGUAACCUGAGCGCCCUUGCUAGAGAAGAAAGCCGAGCUAUCGACAUCUACAUGCUGCUGAACACAGAGAUACUGAAGAAGGACAGUUCGUCUGUCAUCCAGUUCAUGACCCGGGCCAAGGUGAAAGUGGACCCUGCCCUGCGGGUGGUGGAGAUCGCCACCGGGAACCCAGAGGAGAUGAUGGUGGUGUUCGAGGCCUUGCACAACCUGGAACCCCGUGGCUACGUCGUGGGGUGGAUCAUCGCCAUCAGUUUGCUGGUGGGGAUCCUCAUCUUCCUGCUGCUGGCCGUGCUGCUCUGGAAGAUGGGCUUCUUUCGCCGAAGGUACAAAGAAAUUAUUGAAGCCGAGAAGAACCGGAAAGAGAACGAAGACAAUUGGGACUGGGUCCAGAAAAACCAGUGACCUGCCCCACCAGUCACAUGACCCACUCAUGUCACCUGUCGUCCUUGACCUUUGUAUCUUCCAUAUUUGGAAGAAAGAAUGUUCUCCAGAUUUUUCGGAGGCCCCACUGAUGCUGUUCUCAUCUUCAUUCUAUCCAGCCCAGGUGCCAACCUGAGGCCGCCACUUCGGCCAGGUCACGUGACUGGAGCCCACCACUUCCUUUUUAAAGGUGAACUCUGAACUUUGGAAAGCAAGCUACAGAGCCGAGCAAUAUUUAUGGAUGCAACGUGCAUGGUCAACCCUCAGGGGAAAACUGUUACCUAAAAGUAUUUUUAUAAAUAUAAGCCUUUUAUACUGAUUAUGUCUUUAUAUUUGUAUCGAUGUUUUAUUAUUUCUAUUAAAUAGUUAUAUAAUUCACUCAAGCACUGAUAUCUGGCCUGGAAACACAUGUACAUGCGUACAAAUUUUAAAGGAUAAAAAUCUUACUGUUCUUUGGAACUUGCUGUGACAACAGACUUGCCGAUCAAAUCAUGGGAAGAAGCCUCGUGUCGUGAAUCCACCAAGCUUGCGGCUCUGCGUAUAAACUGUGAUUGUGGCCGGACCCCCAAGGCAACUUUCACGACUGUCUUGCCUGCAGUCAAGUUUGACGUUAAUGUGUUAAGGAACUAUAAGUAUUUUCUCAUAAGUACCUUUCAUUGGAAGAUUCCCAACAGGAAUUGGGAUGGAAAACCUGAUUCCCAGCAGCAAGCCUGCUCUGCAGCCCCAGCAGGCAUCUCACCCUCCUUCCACUGGAUUAAUAGGCGAAUUGGAGCAACGCCAGCCGGUCAUCUGGUAAACCUCAGAAUGGCAUCACAUCCUGGACGUUGUACAUCAGAGCCUGUGCACCACAAGGACUCGAUCAGUGCCCCUCCCCUCAACAGAGACUUGUGUUGGAUGCUGUGCUGUGUUGCCUUUGCGGGGUCCUUUGAGUUCAGAGGUCUCCAGUUCCCUGUCACUUUUGCUGAUGGUAAUUGCAGGUUCCUUCCCAGAGAUGACCGUUCAACCUGUUCUUAUUGUUUAAAAUAGUGUCUUUGGUGGGGUUCCCAAGAAGCAGGCCCCAAGACGAGGCUCUGCAUGCAAGUAACUAAUUAAAGAAGUGCUCCCAGGGGAACACCGGUAUGGGAGUGAGGGAAGCAGGGCGAGGGAGGAAGCCAGGGGAAGGUUCCAUGGAGGGUAGCGUCAGCCAGAUCCUGCAGAGGAGCUCUGGAGGGUAGGUUGCAUCUCAGGGUUGUCCCAACCUGAGGCAAGAUGGCUGAGCCUUCACACUCUUGCACCUAAGGAAGAGGUAAACCUUCCACUCCCGGUUCCUACUGGCAAAAUGGCUCCAUAGCUCAGGGGUAGUCCACUAAAUUAGAGCUGCAGGUGCACCCCCCCCCCCACCUGGGGAGGCAUACAGAAACGGUGCAGCGGGAUCUGGGCAGAGCCCCAGCCUCCUCCCCUCCUCCCUGCAGGGUUGGAUGCUGAGUGAUGGCCUUUAAUAUCCAAGCUUUCUGUUUGACAGCGUUUAGUAUUGGAUGGGCUGGGCUGCCCAGGAUUGAGUGCAUUGUGGUUUUCUAAAAAGGGCGCUGAGCCGGUGGCUGUAUCGUGCUCAGCACCGUACCCGGCGCCUUGGUGAACACUCAGUAACCGAUAGCGGCGAUGGCUGCUGCUACCGCUGCUGAACAACCAUCUGAUGAGGGAGAAAACAUGUGCUCAGAGCAGGGUCUGGCUGAGAGUCCUUCAUGGCUCCUGCUCAAGCCCCGGUCCAUACAGAUGGGCACCCGGUGGGAAUGAGACAAAAACAAGAUGAAGGACCUUUCGUAUAGGACCUUGUCUACUGGCAGCUAACAUGCUGGGGGACUGUGGACACCACUGGAAAGGCACAACUCAACUUCAGGGGAGAUAGGUUUUCUAGACAGUUGGCUAAUACUUGCAAACAUCAUGAAAGCUUUGGGUGCUGGGCAGCUACGAACCUGGCCUGAGACAUGUGUGUGUCUUUUCGUUUCUUCUUACGUGUCGACCCUGAUGCAGGAAGACAAUGACUGUAUCGUGGUGGCUAGGGGAACAGGCAGCAAAAGCCAGAGGGUCAAGAGUAUGUAUGAAGGAGGCUGAUUCAGAAUGAGGUUGGGGAUGUUGCAUCUAAGGGCUGGAGGCACAGAGGUAACCACAGGGCAGAUGGAGGCGGGGAAACCAGUUCUGGCACAGAGUUUGCCUAUGAGUUCUAUCAAGAGUAAUAAAAGCAGUCUUUAGUGGUUGUAGUUGCUCAUUUAGAGGAUAUUUAUGGGUCCCCUGCUUUGCGUCAAGCACUGAGCUAGGUUCUGGAAGCUCCCCAGAGAACAACACCACAGGCACUUUUUGCCUGCGGGGAGGCACACCUCCUGCAAUGGAGUGUAGAGAGUGGAUUUUUGAUUUUUGAUUUUCUGAAACCCCAUUCACAGCUUCCCUUUGAUGGGCUUUUAUUCGUUGUGUCACGUUGUCCUUUAAUAAAUGACUUAAAAUUCUUA